CUUCGCCAUCUGCUCGAACAGAUCUCCAACGACGGCCACAGGAGGCUGGCGGACCUGAAUCGCUGCAGCUCUACCCAUCUAGAACAGAUCCGAAAUUGGAACCCACUACCACCGGGCAUGCCGGACCGUACCGUGCAUGAGGCCAUUCAGGCACAAUGCGAACGCCAACCCCAUAGGCAGGCUGUGAGUGCCUGGGACGGCGAGUGGACCUACUCUGAGCUUGAAGGCCUUGCAACGCACCUGGCGGGGCUUUUGGUGGCGCGGACAGGGACCGGCCAGAUGAUACCCCUGCUGUUCGAAAAGUCCAAAUGGGCGGUUGUUGCCCUGUUAGGAGUUCUGAAAGCUGGCUGCGCCUUUGUGUUCUUAAGUCCUAACGACCCUAUCUCCCGACUUAAGGGGAUGUGUACCCAACUGCAGACUGGUAUUGUGCUCACCUCACCCGACUUGGUCUCUAUUGGGAAGGAGUUGAAUCUUGAUGUAAUUUGCGUGUCAAGCGAGGCGGAAGAAGUCAACACGCAGCCAGCAAAUGGAUCCGGAGUAAGGGUCAGUGGCCAGGACACAGCCUGCGUGCUUUUUACAUCAGGUUCCACGGGCACCCCCAAGGCCGUGACUAUCGACCAUGGUGCCUUCUGCGCCGCUGCCAUAUCCAACGCACCAGUGCUGGGGCUGGACGAACAGUCUCGAGUCUUGCAAUUUGCACACUUCGCCUACAGUGUCAGCUAUCGCGACAUCUUGUUCACACUCAUGCACGGGGGGAGUCUCUGCGUGCCUAGUGAGUCGCAGCGGUCUAACCGUCUUGAAGAAUUCAUCGUACAUCACGAGGUAAAUUGGAUGAGUCUGACUCCUUCCACAGCCGACCUAAUCAAUCCAGACCGUGUCCCCUGUGUGCGUCACCUGGUUCUGGCUGGUGAACCCAUGACGCCAUCUCAGCCGGCAGCCUGGGCUUCGCGCGUGCGGUUGCUCAACGCUUAUGGCCCAGGAGAAUGUGCUGGUGUCAGCGCAACUAUGGAGGUAGCUGGAUCAUCAAUCGACCACCGGGUAAUUGGAACCGGGGUUGGGUCUUCCUUAUGGGUGGUCAAUCCAGACGACCACAGUCGUCUCGUGCCAAUUGGAGCCGUUGGAGAGCUGGUGAUCGAAAGCCCAAGUGUAGGACGGGGAUACCUCCACAACGACACCCAGACAAGCAAGGCGUUCCUAUCGCAACCUCCCUGGUUGGAUGGGCUGCUGCAGCGUGAAGCCUCACGCCUCUAUAAAACGGGGGAUCUCGUGCGGCAACGAUCUGAUGGAAAACUGAUCUUCCUUGGGCGUCGAGAUACCCAGAUCAAGAUCCGCGGUCAGCGGGUGGAGCUAGGCGAGGUCGAAGCUCACGCUCGUCAGUGUCUUUCCAAUAUGACCUGUGGUAAAGGUCCCUCAGCAGCUGCAGAGGUUAUUCGGCGAAGGGAUAGCCUGGCUCCCUCCCUCGUCCUAUUAGCAUGUCUGGCAUGUUCGACAGACGCACUAGCACUGGACCGAUUCCUUCGCGAGAGAUUACCAGCACACAUGGUGCCUAGCGCCAUUCUUCCAAUCGACCGGAUCCCAACCACCGCCUCCGGCAAGCUCGAUCGACGCAGUCUCAGAGAGAUAGCCACUAGGCUGUUGCGGGACCAAGUAUCAAAGCCAGGGUCCGGGAACCAGCCGCAGCGAAUGCCCCAGACUGAUAUGGAACGACAGUUGCAGCGCCUAUGGUCUCGGAUCUUGCAUAUUGGUCCAAUCACAUUGACCGACAAUUUCCUCCGCCUAGGGGGUGACUCGCUGAGUGCGAUGCAGCUGGUGACCGCCGCACGCGAGGAGAGCAUUACUCUGGCGGUGGAAGACAUUUUCAAAGCGCCCCGGCUCGAGGACAUGGCGCAGAGUGCGCAAUGGAGCACCACUCCCGAGCGGGAUAUUCCUGCGUUUGCUCUCCUGAAGCCGGGUUGUGAUCUUGAAACGCUGCGACGGCAGGUUGCCGUGGAUUGUGACGUCGCAGCUGCCGGUGUCGAGGACAUUCUACCCUGUACCCCACUGCAGGAAGGCUUGAUUGCCAUGACCGCCAAACAAACAGCGGCCAACGUCAGUCAGAAGGUUCUGGAACUCCACGGCGACGUUGUGUUAGAGCGAUUCAAGCGAUCGUGGGAUACUGUUAUUGACGCCAUGCCCAUCCUACGCACUCGCAUUGUCGACCUUCCCUCCCAGGGGCUGGUCCAGGUGGUAUUGGCAGAAAAACCUCAAUGGCAGACCCAGGCCGCCCUAGAAUCUUACCUAGAUAAGGAUGAAAAGUCAUCCAUGGGUCUGGGUCAGCCGUUGAUGCGAUUGGCUUUGAUUGACGCCAAAAGCCUUGGGGGCAAGUGUCAGUGCAUCUGGACAAUUCACCACGCCCUGUAUGAUGCGGUAUCGAUGUUGCAGGUUAUCCGGCAGGUCGAACGCCAGUACCGCGGGGAGGCUCUCGGGUCCAUGUCACCUUUCAACCGGUUCGUCGAGUAUACCAAGAGUGCUAUAGGGACGGCCAACACUUUCUGGCGGGAUCAGUUUAUCGACUCCCAAGCCGCGAGCUUUCCCUCUCUCCCCACUCCUAGCUACCAGCCUCUGGCCAACGACACGUUGGAACACCGUGAGAGUGGAAUCCAGUGGCCGCGCCGGGAGAUCACGGCAUCAACGGUGAUUCGUGCCGCGUGGGCAAUCCUUUCGGCACGAUAUACGGCUAAUCCCGAUGUAAUAUUUGGUGUUACGGUCUCUGGGAGACAAGCGCCUCUACCGGGAGUGGCGGAAUUGGCUGGUCCGACUAUCGCUACGGUACCCGUUCAGGUACGGCUUUCAUGGGACAGCCCCGUGGGUGCCUUUCUUCACGAAGUGCAGCGACAGGGAGUGGAAACUACUCGGUUCGAGCAGACUGGACUGGCGCGCAUUCGAGAGAUCGUGCGUCAUGCAGGGGGGCCGAUGCCCGAUUUUCAAACCUUGUUGGUAGUGCAACCUCCGUCACCGGCUGAGAUUCCGGGAGCCUCUCUUUUCAAUGAAACCUCCAUCAACCAGCUAGACCAGGUUGAUGUUGCGGGUCUCCACGCAUUCAGCCCGUGCGCGUUGAUGCUUGAAUGUCGCUUGCAGACCGACGGCGUCUUGGUGCGGGUCAGCUUUGACCGGCAGGUAAUAGACCGCUCGCAGGCCCGACGAAUCUCCCAGCAGCUUGGCGCCCUGGUUCGACAGCUGGCACAGCGUAGCACGGAGAUUGUACCUGUGAAAUAUCUAAGUGCUGCCAGCGACUUAGAUAUUGACGAUGUCUGUGGCUGGGCCAUCGACAGCUCACCGCCGAUGGUCGACCGCUGCCUCCACGAUAUGAUUACAGAACAGGCUCAGCAGCGUCCCGACGCCCCGGCUCUGUGUGCCUGGGACGGCCAUAUGACAUACGGAGAACUGGAUGAAAUGGCGACACGGCUCGCCCAUCGGCUUGUGGAACUGGGCGUGGCCCGUGAGGUUGUGGUCCCGCUGUGCUUCGAUAAAUCCAUGUGGAUGCCCGUGGCGAUGCUGGCAGUCUUGAAAGCUGGCGGGGCGUUUCUUCUGCUCGAUCCCACCUUUCCGAUAGACCGGCGCCGCUUUCUCUGUCGAAAGGUAGAUGCCAGCCUGGUGCUGGGCUCCUCAACGAUCUCUCCUCCAGGAGAGCAGCUGGGUCUCACAUUCCUGGUUGUCAACGGCGACUUGGUGUCGGGGCUACCUGCCGUAUCUCACGAUACCCUGACUUCGCGAGCCUCCCCCUCAUCAGCUGCUCUCGUUCUGUCGACAUCGGGCAGUACUGGUGACCCAAAGGCGUGCGUGGUCGAACAUCGAUCGUACGUCACAUCGGCGCUGCAUCAUGCCCCAGUGCUAGGCAUCGACGCCACCACCCGGUUAUUCCAAUUCAGCUCUUACAGCUUCGCAGCCUCAUUCUUCGAACAUUUGUUUCCCCUCCUCCAAGGAGGGUGUGUCUGCAUUCCUUCCGACCAGCAACGACGCGAGGAUGUGGGCCGGUGCAUCCGCGAGUCGGAGGCCACCUGGUCGUUCAUGACAGCCACUGUGUUGUCCACCAUUUCGCCCAAUGUAGUCCCCUCACUCAAGACCCUCUGUGUGGGUGGGGAGCCCAUCCACCCCAAUCAGAUUCAGGCCUGGUCGGACCGAGUCCACCUGCGCCAGACAUGGGGCUGCGCCGAGAUUUGCCUCGUCGCGUCGGAGCAGCUGAAUGCCCACUCCCACCCGGGAGACAUUGGCCACGGUAUCACUGCCCGAUGCUGGAUCGUGACGGACGACGGGACUCAACUGGCCCCCGUGGGAGCACCGGGGGACAUCGUGGUGGAGGGACCAGUCGUCGGACGCGCAUAUAUUGGGAAUCCCGACAAGACCACCGCGACCUUUAUCGCACCCCCUCCAUGGCGAAAAGCUCUGGGUCUCCCCAUCGCCAAGGAAUCGCGCUUCUACGUAACAGGGGACCAGGCCAUCCUCCGCAGCGACGGCCAGAUGAGGCUCCUGGGGCGCAAAGACGCGCAGGUCAAGCUGCGCGGCCAGCGUCUAGAACUGGGAGAAGUAGAGCAUCAUCUCCGACAAACGAUGGCGACAAACACCGUCGCCGCUGACCUCAUCGUCCCCCAGGGGUCUGACUCGCCCAUCCUAGCAGCCUUUAUCACCAUCGACGUCGACAGCCAGAACCCUCCGGAGGUGCGCGACUCUCUCGCCCGACUCACAGCGGGCGUCACCGAUCAGAUUGCCCGCUUCCUGCCCCCGUAUAUGGUCCCCACGGUCUUCCUCCCAGUCGACCAAAUCCCCCGUACGGUAACCGGGAAGACAGACCGGCGACGGCUCCGUGAGAUCGGCUCCCGCUGGACGCUCGGGCAGCUCGCUGAGCUCCAGCCGUCUCGAGGGGAUCGCCGUACUCCAGCCACGCCCACCGAGCAACGACUGCAGUCGAUGUGGGCGGCUGUUCUGCAGGUUGACCCGCAGGCUAUUGCGGCUGAUGACGACUUCCUGCGUCUUGGGGGUAACUCUAUCAGUGCGAUGCGCUUGGUCCGUAUGAUGCGCGGUGAGCAGUGGAAUUUGAGUGUGGUUGAUCUUUUCAAGAGCCCUGUUCUGUCGGACCUUGCUGCUAUGAUUGAUAGUCGGUUGGCUUGAGACACAAAGACACGGCUCAAUCCGUUAGAUUUUAGGUAUAUCAAUU